AUGAAUAAAGAUCACCAAUUGGCCUUGGUUGAUUAUGUUGUUGUUUACGGCAAGGUGCCGGUGGGUGAGCUUGAUCCCUCAAGUGUGCAGAUGAUAGCCGUAGACGAGAAGUCUACUACACUUUCGUUCAAAAGAAAUUCGAAGACAGAAGAAUUGAAGUUAUCGUGGAACGAGCUUCCUGAAGGGGACAAGGUCCAGGUCAACAGCAUCAUGGACAUCAAGGCGAAGGUAAUCGCAAUGGCGAAAUACGCAGCCUCUGUCCAAGGCUUCUCUCACCAGCAGUUGAAGAAAGUUGUUUUACCUAACAGGCCAACUCAGGUUUUCAUGUACCUUGUGGCGGUCGCUCUCGCUCUUGGCACGGUUGACAAGUAUUGGUUGAGAAAUCUCAUCAGCAAAGACGUCUAUUUGUCUCAAUUGGUUUCUUACACACCCAAAAUUUUAAAAACAUGGGGUGCGUUGUUCGAGGACCACGUAAGAACCUUUACCAUUGCUUUAUACGCCGUUCAUCUUGUUGAGAUUGCAGUUGUGUCCUUGCCAAAGUUGAACAAGUAUAGAGCUUCGACCUGGAGAAAGCUAGCAUGGGCCGGAAUGCACUUGGUGGAAGGGUUUUUGAUUUUCCCAAGGCUCAAUAAGGCUCUAGAAGAGGCCCAUUAA